CGCCAGUAAAAAAACUAUACAAAUAUAGUUACUAACUUUUUAAAGAAAUCUCGACGCGCCAAGUAUCAUCAAUGAAACCAUACGCUAUGGUGCUUCCUUCAACGGCAUUCUUCGGGUCCUCCGUAGGUAAUUUUUUUGUGAAGUCAUUUAAUACCGGAGAGGCUUAUUUGCUUUUGCUUCUGGUCCUUGCAUUUACGAUGACCUACGGGCUAGGAUAUGUGGUAAUGUGCAAGAUUUCUCCACACUACAAGGAGACAAUGAGUCCACCUCUUGAAAAGGCAGAGGUCAUUAAUAACAACGUACAAGUUUCUGACAUUCCGCAUGUUAAUACCCACGAAAGCAACAAAACAACGACAUUAGAGGAAACGGAGGGAAAAGAUACAGAAGACGACUCUGACCAAGAACUCGGUACACAAAGUCGUCCCUUAAAAAAAGGUCUCUAUGACGUAGAGAAAGACAGGGAAAAAACGGCGGGGUUAUCCAAAAAGGUUAAAUUAGAUGACGAAUCUCAUUGCAUUGACAAAGACGCCGUAAAAAUGUCACCAAUAUAUCCCAAAAAUCUAAGGAAAUUAAAAAAGAAAAAUGAUUUUGUAGUGCAGUGGUCUGCCUAGAUGCAGAAAAAAAACCUAAAGUAGAGAGUGUAAAAUGAUUAAGUAUUACGGAAUAAGGUUUUACGGAAUUGCCAGCGCUUAAAAGAACUGCACUAUGGUAAAUGUUGCUCAUGGCACUGACCUCGAUAGUAUAAUUCAGUUGAAAGUGAAGAUUCAAACUUAAUAAAUUAAUGCGUCGCGUUUUACACUUGGAACCGCAUUAGUAUUGAGUCAGGGCCUUUCCAGCCGUGAACUAAUUUGCCUAUUCUAUGAUCCAAGGCCAAGAUGUAUAUGGACAUACACCUCGUCGCUGUAUCGAGCAGAUGCAACAAGUCUAUUGUUUCUUUAAAAGUUCGGUGUUCGACAGGAAUCUGCAAGUCACGGCAAGAAGAAUGCUGGAGUUAGUGGUGGCCAAAGCAGGAGGUGUGUGAACCGCGGUGAUCAUUGGCGCUACAAUUGCAGAAAAUUGCUGCGGACGCCAGGAAAUCGUCAUAACUUCCUAAAAGUCUUUGAGGUCACAGAGCAACAAUUGUUUAGAUUACGUAGUCAGACGAUUGACAGGUAACCACUAUGUUCAAACUUGUCAUUAUAUAUUUACCAUAAUUACAUUUGGUUAUAACGUACUACUUAGUAUGUAGUUAGAACACUGGUUUGCGCUUAUUUACCAAUUCAUAGGUAGGCGCACAAAUAAAGCCAUGAAAAGCAUUAUGUACAACAAUAGUAUAUUUUGUCACUAUUACUUAACGCAGCAACAAGUCUCAUUCAUAAGGUAAAAUGCUUAUUGUGCUUGGGACUUUACACAA